AUGGAGUCGGUGCUGACCCGCUUCAAUCUGACGCUCGACAAUAUGACGACGCUAAGCUCCAACAUACGGCAGGGGCUUAUCGAGCAGUACAGCAACAACCGGAAGGUGGGCGAUCCCUGGUACCACAUCCUGAUCGUCAUGUACGGCACGCUGAUCGUGUUCGGGGCCACGGGCAAUAGCCUGGUCGUGCUGGCCGUCGCCCGCAAGCCCCAGAUGCGAACGGCCCGCAAUAUGUUCAUCGUAAAUUUGGCCGUUUCCGAUUUGCUGUUGUGUCUGGUGACGAUGCCCCUCACGCUGGUGGAAAUUCUCACCAAAUACUGGCCUCUGGGAAGGUUGCCGUUUUUGUGCAAAUCCAUCGGGACGCUGCAGGCGACGAGUAUAUUCGUGUCGACCAUCUCCAUCACCGCGAUUGCGUUAGAUAGGUACCAAGUAAUCGUGUAUCCAACGCGAGACAGCCUUCAGCUGAUGGGCGCCAUCGCUAUUCUGACCGGCAUCUGGAUCAUAUCGAUCGUGCUGGCCUCGCCGAUGUUCAUCACGCACCAGCUGAUCCACUACGACGUCAACCUACCGAGCUUGGGCAUCGAGUACGUGUCCUACUGCGUGGAAGAGUGGCCGAUCGCGUACGGCCGGGUGUACUACUCGGCGUUCACGCUGUGCGUGCAGUACUUCCUGCCGAUACUGAUCGUGUCGGUGGCCUACCUGCGCAUCUACCUGAAGCUCAAGCACCGGCUGGUGGUCAGUGCCGGGCCCUCCUCGUCCUCGGCCGGCCGGGGGAAGGGCACGAGCCGGAAGGACACGCAACCGGUGAGGGAGCGUGAGCGGGGCCGCCGGAUGCAGCGCACCAACUACCUGCUGAUCAGCAUCGCGCUGAUCUUUGGCGUGUCCUGGCUGCCGCUGAACCUGUUCAACCUGUUCGCCGACAUGUACGUGAAGGCGAUCACCGAGGACAUCAUGGUGGCGUACGCCAUCUGCCACAUGGUCGGCAUGAGCUCGGCCUGCUCCAACCCGCUGCUGUACGGCUGGCUGAACGACAAUUUUCGGAAGGAGUUUAACGAGCUGCUCUGCCGGACGCCUCCGAGCGGCGCGUCGGCGGGCGGUGGAGGAGGCCUGGGAGGUGGCCACUCGUACGGGGCCAGCCGAGCGAACGGGGCUGGUCCCAACGGCGACCGACGGGGCUGUGGCGGAAACGGCCGGCUAGAGGGCAACGGGGGACCAACGGACGGACGGACGGCGGCGGCGGCGGCCGAGGCAGAGGCGACGACGCAGGUGCGCGACCACUAUGGGGCAGCAAUGCUGCAAGACUCGGGUGUCACGGAGAACGGCGACCACACCGAGCUGACCGAGCUGAUGCCCUGA